UGUUGUGGAUAACAGGCGCCAGUUGUUGGCUGGUUGUUGUUGGUUGGUCGGUAGCGUUCUGAUCUGCACUCAUAUCAAAGAUCCGCUUUAACCCUCUCUGCUCAUAUGAGUAAUCUCCUCGGGACUGUCUAGUUGUCAUGGCUAGCUGAUGUAGGAGAGGAGGACGAUGCGCUGAUUUUAAUGUUGUUUUGAAUGUUAUUCGAAUUCACGAUCAGCACAGAAGAAAGUCACAAAUAUGUCACGUUCUAGCUUUGCGGAUGAAACGGCAGGUGACGCCCCAGUCAGAGACAUGUCGUUGAACCUCACAGGAGUUGGGACGCCAGAAUAUCUGACUACUCAGAAUGCCAAGGCAAGGCAAGCAGUCUCAAAAGUCAGCAGGGAGGAGCUGGAAGAUCGCUUCCUCCGUCUGCAUGAUGAAAACCUUUUGCUCAAACAGCACACCCACAAACAGGAGGACAAGAUCAAGAGAAUGGCCACUAAGCUCAUCCGGCUGGUAAAGGACCGUAAACGUAUGGAGCAGACGUCCUCUGGCGUGGUUGCAGGUCGGGAUGUUGAGUUGGAGGAGAUGAUUGAGGAGCUUCAGGAGAAGGUCCAUCAGCUCGAAAAACAGAAUGAGGGUCUCAAACAGCGAUUGCUAACUGCCAAGCAGCAGCUUCAGGUGCAGAGUCGCCGUCCCACUCCCUAUGGCCACGUCCAGUCACGGAUCAACACAGGCCUCCGCAGGCUGAGGGAUGACUUCCCUGCCAUGCCUGAAGACACUGCUAACACUCUGACCAGAGCCACCAGGAGUGCAGAAGCAGACAUAGGUGCUCGUCCACCUCAUGGUCUGCUUCCACGUUAUGGCCACAGUUUACUAGAUGAUGCCAGAGCUGAAAUACGAAACCUAGAGAAUGUGAUCGAGAACCAAAGAGCCCAGAUGGAAGAGAUGGAGAGAAUGACAGAAGCAUGCAGGGAGCAGCUAAGGAGAAAAGAGAGGGAGUAUGAGGAAUCUCUCCUCCAGCUGAGGGAACAGCAGGCCAGUGGCCAGAGAUCAACUAUCAAAGAAAAUGUUGAACUGAUCAAACUUCAGAAACAACUGGCUGAUAAGGGGAAUGCUUUUAUUGUGCUGGAAGAAAGGCUUUUACAACUUCAAGAGAGCCAGAGGACUCUGAAGGCCAGCCAUGAUAUGGUAAUGACUAAGGUAGAUGAGCUGACUGAGCAACUCAGGGAAGAGCGUCUCAAGAACCUCAACCUGGAGGGCCAGUUACAAUUAAAGGUUCUGGAACAGAGGAGGAUAGAGGAGCUGAAAGACCAGAUUGUGGACCUGGAGAAGGAGAGAGAUCUGUUAAAAGAAAACUGUGAUAAACUGGUGAACAGUGCCUUCGACGUGAGCCAGGAGCAGAAAUGGAAGACAAGAGAGCAACAGCUCAAACUUCAGAUUGCCCAGCUUGAAAUGGCACUGAAAUCAGACCUAACUGACAAGAAUGAGAUUCUUGACAAGAUCAAGGCAGAGAGAGAUACAAAUGAAAAAUUGUCUCAGGAAAACUCACAACUUCAGUUGCGUUACUUAGAGCAGAAACAACAACUGGAAGAGCUUCAAGAGCGCAUGGCGUUUUUCACAAAGGAGAGUGAUGUUGACGCAGCAGAACUCAGCGAGGCACUGAUGCUUAUUAAGGUUCGUAAGGUUCAGAAGAGGGGAGAUCUGGAUUUUCUGGAGAGAGAGCCCAGUGGGGAGCAUUCCAUGAAGGAGUUGCAGGCCACCCAUGCUGAGACUGUCGAAGAGCUUGAGAAAACUAGGAACUUGCUCUUCAUGCAACACAAGAUUAAUAAAGACUAUCAGGCUGAAGUUGAAGCAGUUAAUCGUAAAUUAGAUGACUUGAAGCUGGAGAGUCAAAUGAAGCUUGAGAAACUUGCCCACCUACUAGACAUGAGAGCGGCUAAAAUCAGGAAACUAGAAGCUCAGCUCCGAGACAUUGCAUAUGGCACUAAAUCCCAUGUGUUCAGACCUGAAGUGACAGAGGAGGAUACAGCAGAUGAGUUUGAUGAAACCAUCAACCUGGAAAGAGGAGAGAACCUCCUAGAGAUCCACCUUGGCAAUGCUCGGUUAUCCCCUGAAGCCCUGGGCAAGCUGGGCGACCCUGACCCUACCACUUUCUGUACAUUUGCAUUUUUUGACUUUGAGAUUCAGUCCACUCCCGUGGUGCGAGGCGCCCAUCCAGCCUACAACUUCACCUCUCAGUACCUGGUGCGCAUGGACGACCUCUUCCUGCAGUACCUUCACACCAGCACCGUUGUGGUAGAGACCCAGCUGGCAGAGGGGGUUGACUAUCGGACAGUAGCAGCUGGUCAUCUGCGUCUCAACCAAUUGUUGGACCGCAAUGGGAAAGUGUUUGGUACCUUACAUCUUGUGGGUGUUGAAGGGGAAACCCAGGCUUUUGGGACUCUGGACUAUUGGCUCCGCCUGCGGGUUCCUAUGGAGCAGGCCAUCCGCCUCUACAAAGAGAGGAUUAAAGCUAUGGGCUACCUGAGCUCCAGCAUGAAUCAAGACAGUCAGAGUGCCUCUGUGAAUCCUUCCCCAUCUCUCACAGAGGGCAGCCUCAAUGAGCUCUAUGUCACAGUGCGCUGUUGCAGCAACCUGAAAUCUCGGGAGCUCGGGAACAGUCAGCCAAGCCCAUAUGUGGUCUACAAACUUUACGACUUUCCUGAUCAUGAUACACCAAUCAUUGCUAGCAGUAAUAAUGCUUAUUUUGACGAUUGCAAAGGCUUCCCUUUGGAAAUGAACGCUGACCUUGAUCGCUAUCUUAGGGCAGAGACACUCUUCUUCUAUGUAUUUGAUGACCAGGAUGCAGGUGAACAGUUGUAUUUGGGAAAAGCCGGAGUUCCACUGUUAUCCCUUGCCCAUGAUAAAUCCAUUACUGGGACAUUUGAGCUGGCUGAUCCUGCAGGGUGUCGAAGUGGUCACAUUGAGGUAAUGCUAAAAUGGAAGUAUACUUACCUUCCACCACCAGGGUCUGCAGUGACCCCUGAACAAGCCAAGUUCAUAGUCAAAAACACACCUGUGAAAGUGACCACCAAAGCAAAACAUUUCAGACGAAGAGGAAAAGGAGGAGCAGAGAGAAGAGGAGCCAAAACAGAAGGCCCCUCCUCAGACCCAUGUCCAUACACACUGUCUGUGACUCCACUUCCUAAACCCAGGCAGCUUAUCAGCUUGAAGGCAUCCAGCAAAAAAGUCUCAUUUAGGGACGUAACAACAGAAGAUCAUCCGGUGGAGGAGAGUGGGCCCUCUGGGGCCGAAAACAGCAGAAUCAUCAACCCAGAGACGACCAGGGUCCCAGCAGCACCACAGGCUGUGGAGGUCAUGCAGCCAGCAUGUGCGGAUGAGGAAGAGGAAGAUGAGGAAGAAUCCCAUUUCUCUGAAGGUCAAGUGAUUGCAUCCAGUUCUCUCUCCAUCUCUGAGGAGUCCGAAAUAUCUGAGGAAAUACCCAAGCAAGAAAUGGAUGAUCAACAGAUGGAUUCUUCUGAAGUGAAUGAACUGAUCCUGUCCGAUAGUGAUGACUGCAUUGUUCCAGGUCAUAGCACACAGAAUCGGAAGCAGCCAUCAGAGCGCAUUCGUGUGGAGGUGGUGUCGUUGACGCUACAGGCCGGCUCGAGGGUGGCUGCUGAUAAGGACAUCGCUCGGCUAUUUGUGGAGUACUCAAUCCUGGACCUGCCCUCUAUUGAAACCCCUCUGUCACUGCCCAAGCCCCUGCCUGGACAGAGUAUCCACUACAAUUACAGCAACGUCAUUCAUGUGGAUGUGGAGAAGAACCAGGCUCGGCGGCAGGCUCUCAGGGCAGUGCUGGAGGGCAGAACCAAGCGGUUUGAGAGCAUCAAGUUCACGGUGGUGAGUGACCCCCCAGAGGAGGAGGAGCAGGAGCAGGAGUGUGAGGACGUGGCCGUGGCCUACCUCAGGAUCCCUGACAUCCUAGAGAGAAAGCAGGACAUGGUGGACAUCCCCCUCAACAUUGUGGACAUUGCAGACAGCAGUGAGGUGGUGGGCAGUCUGAAGGUGACUGUUGAGGCUCUACAUGCUCUGAAGUCCAUCAUGGAGGAUCCUGACCAUGACCACCCCAUUGCUGCCCUGGCUUAGAACAGUAGCGUUGACAAUAUGUUUUGUAUAGUCCCUAGAACAGUGGCAUUGACAGUGUUUUGUAUAGUCCCUAGAACAGUGGCGUUGACACAAUGUUUUGUAUAGUCCCUAUCCCUGUUUGUGCACAUGGCCUCACAUGUAUUCUGUAUAAUAUAGCUAAAAUGGUACAGAAAACAGUCUGUUCACCCUAAUGCAGGCAGUUGCACCCUGGAGUUAAGAAGCAUAUAAUGAUGUUAAUUUUCCAUAAUGAAAGGUCUUUCCAUUUGUUCUGCCCUGGGCAUAGCUGACUGAUGGCAGUGUUUAUACUUGCACUGAGUGUUGAGGCUUAUUGGGUAAAAAGCCUGAUAAGCCUUACUACCAAAUGGCUUUAUUUAUUAAAGAUGCCAGAUAAAAUGCAUUUGGCUUUAAUAGGAUUUAACGUAGCUGUUUAAAAUGCUAAUGUAAGUCUCCAUGGCCAUUCAACCCCAUAAACUGAUUAAUGCAACUGUUUCAGUUUCAUGCAGUAAAAAACAAGGGACAUUCUUUUAAACUGUUCUUGAUCAUAAAUGUAUUUUCAAAGGAUCAAGAAUGUAUUUGAAUGUAUUUCUUAUUUAUUGAAGAGUUUUAUAGUGAACGAUUUUUUUAAGAGAUUUUAAAAGAUCUUUGUGGUGGUGCAAAAUCUGUGUUCAUUAUGAAACCUGAAGCACAUUCAAUAAACAAGCUAAGUAUGCCACAAA